UUCCGGCCAGGACUUACUUCCGAGGCAGACGCGGAAGUGCGGGGAGGCCCGGGGCUGAGGUCGGUUGCCGGGCUUCUGGCCCGGCCGUCCGCCUUGGGAACGUUCUGGAAGGAUAGAGUCCUAAGAGGCCGGGUCCCGGCAGCCCAGACGAGACGAAGCCGGCGCUCUUCGGCCUAGGAGCCGAUGCCGGCCGCGCCCUGGAGGCCCCGUAGCGGGGCCGGACCAUGAGCCUGCUGGGCGGCCCGGCCUCCUCGCCGCGGGCCCCGCUGCAGUCCGGCAAGGCCAGGAUGAAAAAGCUCCCGAAGAAGAGCCAGAACGAGAAGUACCGGCUCAAGUACCUGCGGCUGCGCAAAGCGGCCAAAGCCACCGUGUUUGAAAAUGCUGCUAUUUGUGAUGAAAUUGCUCGUCUGGAGGAAAAAUUUCUUAAAGCAAAAGAAGAAAGACGGUAUUUGCUAAAGAAGCUCCUCCAGCUUCAGGCCCUAACAGAAGGGGAGGUACAGACUGCAGCUCCUGCCCACAGCUCUAGUUUGCCCCUGACUUACGGUGUGGCCAGCUCUGUGGGAGCUAUCCAGGGAGCUGGGUCCAUUUCUGGGCCCAGCACUGGGGCUGAGGAACCAUUUGGGAAGAAAUCCAAGAAGGAGAAAAAAGAAAAAGGCAAAGAGAACAACAAACUGGAAGUUCUGAAGAAAACAUCCAAGAAAAAGAAAAUGGAGGGAGGUGUUCGCAAGCUGGUUCAGCCCAUUGCCCUGGAUCCCUCAGGACGGCCUGUGUUCCCCAUCGGACUGGGGGGUCUAACAGUAUAUAGCCUGGGGGAGAUCAUCACCGACCGACCUGGCUUCCAUGAUGAGCGCGCCAUCUACCCCGUGGGCUACUGCAGUACUCGAAUAUAUGCCAGUGUCAAGUGCCCAGACCGGAAGUGUCUGUAUACCUGCCAGAUCAAGGAUGGUGGCAUGCAGCCUCAGUUUGAAAUUGUUCCUGAAGAUGACCCCCAGAACGCCAUUGUCACCUCUUCUGCAGACGCCUGUCACGCAGAACUGCUCAAGACCAUAAGUGCUGCUAUGGGGAAACUAAUGCCCAACCUGCUUCCAUCUGGAGCUGACUUUUUUGGGUUUUCUCAUCCAACUAUUCACAACCUGAUCCAGAGUUGUCCAGGAGCUCGAAAAUGCGUCAAUUACCAGUGGGUGAAAUUUGAUGUAUGGAAACCCGGAGACGGGCAGCCGCCCCAAGUACUGCCAGAGAAUGAUGCAACUGUAAGCUUCGAAGCCUUUCAGAGACAGGCCUUUGGUGAAGGUCAUAGUGAUCCCAUUCUGCAAGGCAAAUCACGUAAUCUGUCUUGGCCACGGUUUUCUUCGUUGGAAAAGUUAAGUUUCUGUCCUAUCUUACCAAACAAGCGCAAGAUUCGGCUGACAGACGUUAAGGGUGUUAGAAAUUGAAAGGACAUCCGUGUGUCUUGAUUAGUCCCCUGAGAUUCCCAGGCAGCAGUGGAACUGAAGGAAUUUUCUUCUCCAGGAUCCUUGGACCUUCCAGAGCUUCAGCCCACACCCUUCGUGUCUUCUUACGAACCCGUGUUCCAUGAACCCCUGGUGGACACUCACCUGCAGCAUCUGAAGUCUCUGUCACAGUGUAGCCCAACUCCAUCUUCAGAUUGAGCAGGAGGGGGUCGCAUAGCAUGUCAUUUAACUUAAAGUAAAACUCCAGGUAUGGAAGAAGACAGCACUUCAGGAGCGAAGGAGAUACCAACACAUUUUGUCACGGAGGCUCCUGUGGUGACACUGUUCCCUGGGAAAAACUUCAGCUGCUUUAUUUUUAGCAAUAAAUUUCUCUUUACAAAUCUGCUUAUUUUCAUCUUGUUGUAAUCAGGAUUUUUUUUUUCCUUUUUUUUUUUUUUUUUUUUUUUGCGUAGCCCUGCCUGAGGUAAACUUAAGUGUUCUGUAAGCCCGAGUGAGAGGAGGCUGCUGACUUGGGAGGGAGAGGUACGAAUCUGAAAGCCUUGCCCCUGGAUUCUGCUCCUAGCUCCAGGAAUGAAGUCCUGGCCCCUGCUACCCAAGAAGCUGCUCUGUUUUCAUGUCGCUAGGAUCACAGCCCAGUGCUACUUGUCCCCAAGCUGGAGAGGCCAGGCUGAGGCACGCCGUUCAUCUUCUCCUUCACACGUCACAUCCUUCAAGGAAAUCAAAAAGUCCUCUGUAAUCCUGUCCGCCCCCUUUGCUGUUCCUUAUCUGAGAAUGUGCUUGUCGCUGAAUAAACUGAGUGCACAUGAUAACAGAGAUACAGCGUGUCGGGGGGCGGCCCCCAUCCCGCGCGGCAGUCUCCCCCCGUCCCUUCACUAGCCGGCUAAUAACAUGACUGCAUUCUAUGCAACUGGAUGUGUUGGCCCUGCCCAUGACGCCGAGGGGGGGCUUUCCCGCCUCGCCUGAUCCGGACCACAGCAGAGCCGUGUGGGCUGCCCUCGCUGGCCACCAGCCAGGUACCUGGGCCGGCCAGAAGGAAGCCACGGAAGGACCCCAGAAGGGGAAGACCGGGGAACGAGUGGUGACAGGUGUCGCUGUGCUGCAGUUCCUAGCUGCUGACUGGGGACAACAAGAAGGGGGAUCUUGUGCCCCAGGAGUAGAUGCGCCGGCGGAGGGAGGGGUCGGACAGCCACGCUAAGUGCACAGCGCACUGGCCAUGGAAGUACCCGAAACUAAAGUAACCGCCGUUCACUUUAUGACUCUUCACUGCAGUCUUUUAUAAGUCUGUGUAGCUUUCACAGUACAAAAAAAUAAAAUCUGGAUAACAGCAAGCCAGGGGCUCAAAGGGGAUGACUCAGAGCUGUCCGUGCUCUCAGGCCUUCCUCUCCUCGCCGCCUAAGUUGGCUGGACGCGCGCCUGCGCAGACGGGACAGCUGCUUGAACACGGAGCGAGGGUCUUCCCCUUGUAGCGCAGUCGGAGUGAAACACGCCAAAACGAGCUCAUUUUAAGGAAGACAUUUUUUAAAUAAGUUAUCGUGCUGUUUGCUUUAAUAAGAGUAUUUACUUUGUAGCCUUCCUAGAGGAGUGGUUUUCAAACUACAGAUCUCCACCCACUGCUUGUUCCUAAACCUAGGGAGUCAAGACCUCUGUUUUUUAAAUUAAAUAAAACAAUUAGAACUUAGUAGAAUGUGUCACAUGUCCAAACGCUGAAAUUUGGGUUUCAACUAUAGUGUGUACAUAAUGUAUUUAUGUAAAAAUCACAUGCAUACACAUGAAAGGGGUACAUGGAAUAAAUAUAAAAUGUU